AUGCGAAAUCAGGGCAACUUUCCGCACGCACACAGAUUCUUCUCUGUUUUACCUUCUUCUUUCUUCCUCUUCAUUCCACUCUUCUUUCUUUCUUCUCUUUCCCUCCACUCUUCUUUCUUUCUUCUCUUUCCCUCCACUCUUCUUUCUUUCUUUCUUUCUUCUUUCUUCCUUUCCUCCCUCAUCUUUCUUUCUUUCUUUUCUCUUCUCUUUCCUCCACUUUCCCUCUUUCUUUCUUCUCUUUCCCUCCACUCUUCUUUCUUUCUUCUCUUUCCCUCCACUUCAUCUUUUUUUCUUUCUUUUCUUUACUUUUCCUCCAUUCUUCUUUCUUUUCUGUCGUUCACUUUGUCUGUCUCUUUCACUCUCAUGAUUACUCUCUCUUUGGCUCUCACAUACACGAUAUCACUCGGUCUCUCUCUCUCUCUCAUUCUCAUAUACACGUUCAUUGUCACUCCUUUUCUCUCUAUCUCUCUAAUAGACGUUCUUUCGCUCUCUCUCUCUCUAAUAGACGUUCUUUCGCUCUCUCUCUCUAAUAGACGUUCUUUCGCUCUCUCUCUCUCUAAUAGACGUUCUUUCGCUCUCUCUCUCUCUCUAAUACGCGUUCUUUCGCUCUCUCUCUAA